AUGGCUUCUGCGUCAGAUGCAGAAGCGGAGUCCCUGCAGAAGAAACUCAGAUCUGCUCUAUGGUUCCAGAUUGGGAAGAUGGUCGACGAAGAGAGCAUCAACCUGGGAGUCAAUGCGACGCCGCAGUUCAUCGGCAGUCUGAUGGAACUGGUAUGGGCACAGAUUGGAAAUGCCGCGAUUGACCUCGAAGCAUUUGCAAAGCACGCAGGAAGAUCCACGAUCAAAACAGACGAUGUCAUGCUACUUUCUCGGCGAAAUGAAGGAUUAGAGCAGAUCCUCCGCGAUGAAUUGAAGCAACUCGAGCAAGCAAAGGCCAGAAACGAUAAGACCAAAUGA